GCCAUGGCCUCAUACGCCACUCUAGCGCUGCAGGUGGCCGGUCUGUUCUGGGUCGUGUACGCCUGGUUCUACAGCGGAGUGCCCGGUGUGUGGAGACAGGUGAGCAGCGGGGAGGACUCGGACGAGUUGCUGAGCCGCCUCCGGCUACGCGCCGCGGCGUCCGCGUCAUCGUCCGCACCCGGUGGUGGCGGCGGCGGCGGGCAGCUGGAGAACCUGAAAGAGUUCGCCACGAUUGCGGCCGUGACGCACACGUGCGUGUUUCUGCUGGGCUUUGCCCUGUCGGCGCUGGGUGUGAACGUGGCCAAUGGUCUCGGCGCCCCCACGGCGACCAAUCCGCGGCGCUCCCUGGCAGUGCGGUUCCUACGGCGAUCGGCGACGUGCUGGACGGCGUUCUUCGCCUGCGUGGCGGCCGGCUUCGUAGCACUGCACUCGUUCUUUCGCUGGUCGUUCGAGGAGCGCGUGGGCAUCACCUACCGACUGGCGGCGCAGUUUUUCUACGAGCGCGACGGCAGCACGCCGUUUGCUGUGAUGUCCACCACCAGCUACAUCACGUUCUUUGCCGCCGGCUUUGCCAUCAAGCAGCUGUUCCCGCCGUCUUCGCCGCCACAGGGCAGCCACGUGACCGCUGACAGCCAGGGUGCUAGUGGCAAUGGCAAUGGUGGCGGUGGUGGCGUGGAGGGGAUAGUACCACCGGUGUUCAUCCGCUGGACGCCGUGGUUGGCCAAGGCAUUCCUCGUCGCCAUGGUCGUGUUUCACUGUGCAGUCAUGCCGCUGUACGAUCGCAUGGUCAAGCCGGUCAUCAAGACCAGCCCGGUGCCGCUAGAGACCGAGACCGGUACCCAAGGCCAAGAGCAGGCGAAGGCAAUGUUGUUGUCGUUGCCUGUUCUGCCGGAGGGCGAGGACUUCACGCACGAUUUCGCCCUGCUGGCAUCUCUAUCUCACACGGCGGCGCUCGCGUUUGGCCUGCUGCUGUGCUGGCUUGCACGUCUGUCCAUGUGCCAUAUCAGCGCCGCAGCACAACCACGGCAACGGCAACGCCGUUCGCUCGCAGAAGCGGCAACUGCCGUGAUACCGGUUGCCGUGGUGAUCGUCGGCGGCACCCUGCUGCUGGUGGGGUUGGUACGCGGGGUGAGCGGAAGCUCCGGUGCAGAGGUAUUGUUCAUGGCAAAUGCGCUGAGUCAAUGGUUGGUGACGCGGGUGAUUGCCGUGCUGGAGUCCCACGCCGAGGUCACGUCACAACUGGCCGACGUCCUGGGAAUGUCAGACAACACCGCCGGUGGCGCUGAGUUGGCACAUCCACUCGUGCUGCUCUCACUGACCCUGUGGUGUGUCAUCGGCAUGGCUACAGAGUACUUCAACAACAAUAGCAAUGUUGGCGAUAGCGGUAGGGAGUGUGUUGGUACGACAAGCAGUGGCGAAAAGACGAGCACUUUGGGCUCAGCACAAGUGACAGUGCGACCAGUGUUCAUGCUAGGCCCGCUCGCCGUCUACCCGGUGACUAAGGCGCAGAGCGAUGUCGUGGCGUGGCUACUACCGCUGGGCUUCACCCUCGCCGGACUGGCCAGCGAUCACCCUGCACUGUUCUACGACAGCCUGAUACGUUCGUUCCUGCUGAUCGCCGCCACCGUGCUAUCCUCAGCUAUGUUUGUACAGGCGCUGUGCCAGCGCUACGGCCGUAAGAUCCAGUGCGAGAAGUCGGCACCACCGCUGUUCUGGCAGGAGGGACGCGACACCAUAGGCACCAUCUACAUGGUGGCCUGCUUCGCCGCCUGGCCCGUCACGCGCUACCGCGCUGGCCUGCCGACGGCGCUGAACUGGUCGCUAGCGGACACCGGCGACUCGCUCUGGUUCUACCUGCUGGUGAAGUUGAUAGGCGGUGUGGUGCUGGCCGACUGCUGGAACUACUGGAAGCACCGUGCACUGCACUGGAGAAUGCUCUACAUCUUUCACAAGGACCAUCACUCGUACCACGACCCGAGCUGCUUUGCGUCGUUCGCCAUCCAUCCGUUCGAGGCGCUGCUGACGUUCUGGCAGGUGAUGCUCUUCUCCAUCCCGGCACUCAACCUGUGGGGUCCCGUACACCUGUUGUCACUGGUCCUCCUUGCCUACAUGAACUUGUACCUGCACUGCGGCUACAGUAUUGAGUGCGUGGAGAGAUGGUUGCCCCGUGUGCUGCUUAACACGUCGCGAUUCCACAACGUCCAUCACGAGGUGACGCGCGCGCACUUCGGAGAGAUCCUCUUCCUGUGGGACUGGCUGUGUGGCACGGCCAUUGACCGUCGCCUUGACGACCACCCGGUCAUUGCCGACAUGUUUGAGAAGGCGCCGUACGCGGCAGAACGGCGGCUGAUGCGCCGGCGUAUGGACGAGCGACGAGGCUUCAGCCUUGGUAACACCACCAUCACCACCGCUGCUGAUGCUGAUCCAGUGGGUAGUGGCGGCGACGGCAAUGUUGGUGGCUGUGGAAAGGCAGGUGCUGGCACGAAGCCGCGGCAGCCGCACCAUGCUUCAUCUUCAACACCUCAAGCAUUGCCACCAGCGACUGCUAGUUCAGCCAAGGCCAAGGUGGCAUGAACGCCUUGUUUCCUCACACACGUACGCAGCAAUCCCAGAAAAGAAUUCUUCAUGUUCACCUACCUUCUAUGAUAGCAUUCUCUAUUAUUCAGCCACAACUGGACAAUCCCGGCCUGGCCUUGCUUUUCUUUCGCAAUUACGAGAUCGAACCACUGCCGUGCAUUUGUGUGCUCUUCUUGGGUAGUGUAACCAUGGUGUUUCGGAUGCUCUAUAGUUGUUUCUUAUCCUCUGUCUCAGCAACAUGGUUCUACUGAGAGCUGCCAUCAAUCAUGGCACCUUACUUUUCAAUUAAGCUAACAAUCAUCUCUGAUUCCGAGUAGAGACGUCUUCACCCGAUAUCUCCACGGGACCAGUGCAUUUUACUCAGUGCUCAGUCUCUUGCGGUGUGUUCUCAUCGUUCUUGCUGUGUUGUAUCGGCCGUGAUCUGGCUGCAGAGGUGAGCCUGCUGGCUUUGUUUGGA